AUGGCCACACAAGAUAACAUGCAAUUUAAUGUUUACAAACAUAAUGAACUUUUGUCGAAACUAUUGAUCAAAAGGAACGGAAUGACAAAACUACAAAUUGAUUUAGGUCUAAGUAUUGUUCAGGAGCUAUGUUGGACUCAAUCGAGAGAAAAAUUGACAAAAACAUGGAUCGACCAAUAUUAUCAACCUGAAUCUCAAUAUACUCAGUUUUCUCUUCUUCAGUACAAUAUGCGAAAUUUUUAUUCAAAUCAGAGCGAUCUUUUAAGUAUCAUUAGCGAGUUUCAUUCAUCUGUCGUUUCUCUUAACGAAUUGGGCACCGUUAUACCGUUGAAAACAGUACAAAAAACACUUUUCUCUUACAACGUUUAUCUCAAGGAAGGCUCGAAUACACAUGGAGGAGCUGUUCUCGCAACUGAUAAAACUUUACACGCAGUUCCUUUGAACAUCGACACACCUAAUGUGGUAGCCGCUCUAGUUUCGUGUAAAGAAAAAACGUUUACAAUAGCAUCCUUUUAUUCACCACCUGAUGAACCAAUUCCUAAGGACGCGCUCACCUCAUUGAUGCGCUUCUCAAAUAAUCUAAUUAUCGUCGGAGACUUCAAUGCAAAACAUUCGAACUGGCAAUGUCCAACUAUCAAUACAAAAGGUAGGCGGUUAUCCGAAUGGCCUGAUGGAAAAAAUCUAGAGAUACAUAAUUCGGGAAUGAAGACAUCGUUACGUUCAGAUACGACAAUCGAUUUAAUAAUAUCAUCAGAAAAUCCACCGUUCGUUGAUUGUCAUACUUUACCCUACACCGGCAGCGAUCAUUUACCUGUACUAGCAAGUUUUGUCGGCAUUAGUUGUAGCGAUGAAACUAUAUACGUACCAAAAACAUAUUGGGAAAUCUAUCAAAUUAUACUAUCCCUUAUUCACGACUCAAUCGAAGACGACCGUUCGAAAAUGGACCCGUUCAAAUGGUUUGAGCAAUUUCAAACAUUUCUUCAUGGCCUAAAAGUACGAACGACGAUAUGGCAUAAAGCGAAACGAAAGCGAUCAACAAUUCCACCAUCGUUAAAACUAUUAAUUAAGCAUAAGCACCAUCUCCAAAACAAAUACAGGCGGUCGAAACUAGAGGAGGAUCGGACGAGACUGAGGUCAUGGUGUAAGCUAAUACAACAUGAGUUGAAGUUAGUCAAACAACGGAAGUGA